UACACAUUCUAAGAAGAUACAAGAGAAAAUAAUUAGAUACUCUAGUGAGCGGAGAUCAAAUGCAGCAUUCUAAGAAGGAAGAACCAACAAGAAACCAAAACGAAAGUUGUGUGACUCCCAACAAGUUCAACUAUUUCACUGAAAAACCCUAGCCAUCUACCUCAGGAGCUUCCCUCUUCGUCUCCAACCCCUGUUCGCUCUCACCAAUCACAACAGAAAUGGCUGCCACAGCACCAGCAGAAGCUGGGUCCCAAUGGCCAUUCAGCUGUGACCUAGAAGUUGAUUUUGGACAUGAACAAAAUGCUGCUAUCGUAUGCGCAGCCUUAGCUGUUGAUAAGGAGUUGCAACCAGACAAGGUGAAACGACUCAUGGCAGUGUCUCAUGGAAAGCUUUCAGUGCACUUUGAGGCAACGGAAGCAAGAUUUCUUCGGGCAUCUUUUAGUGCUUUUGUAGAUGUCCUUACACUGGCCACAAAAACGAUUGAAGAAUUUGGUCAAGGAAUGGAAUUGUGACAUUUACUUUUCUUAUUCUUAAAGAAUGUAUUGCUACUCCAACCAUUAUAUAUAAUCCUAUUAGGUUUCUCAUAGUA